AUGCUACAGCGUUGGCACACGCGCCACCUGCCCACCGACCCGGCGGAGGUGCUCGGCCCCGACGUGAAGGGGAAGACCUUCAUCGUCACCGGACCCACGAGCGGGAUCGGCACGACGACCGCGGAGACGCUCGCGAGAGCCGGUGCGCGCGUGGUGCUCGCGUGCCGAACGGUGAAGCGCGGGCAGGCGCUGAUCGACUCGUGGAACUCCACGCAAUCCGAGCCGCUGAGGUGCGAGGCGAUGCACCUGGACCUCGACUCGCUGGACUCCGUCAGGACCUUCGCCUCAGCCUUCCUGGCCAAAGGGGAGCCCCUGCACUGUCUGCUGAACAACGCCGGCGUCUUCGACAUGUCCGGCGCGUUCAACCGCACGAAGGACGGCCACGAGUCGCACUACGGCACCAACUUCCUCGCCCCCGCGCUCCUCUCGCUCCUGCUCAUGCCGUCGCUCAAGCUCGCGGGCACCGCGUCGGCGCCCGCGAGGGUGGUGUUUGUGUGCAGCAAGCUCCACCAGUUCUGCCGGAGGCUCCCGCUGGACGACCUCGGGUUCGAACGGCGAUCGUACGGAGCCAGGGCGGCGUACGCGCAGAGCAAGCUGGCGGAAAUCCAGUUCACGCGGGAGCUGGAGCGUAGGCUCGGGGUGAUGGACGGCGAGGACGGCUCGGUGAGGGGCGACGCGACGGUUCGGUGCGUGACGGUGCACCCGGGGAACAUCGUCACCGGGGUGGUCAGGACGCUGCCGUACGUGGUCCAGGUGGCGUACAAGAUCAUCAUGAGCCGCGUGUUGCUCACGCCCAGCGAGGGCGCGCGCGCCAGUCUGUACGCGGCGACGAGGGGGGAGGCGCUCACCGGCACGGGGCGGGCGCCGUAUUUCACAUCCGAGUGCGUCGCAAAGUCGCCGAGUCCGCCGGCGCUCGACGACGAGGCGGCGGCGAAGCUCUGGGACGCGACGCUCGCGACGCUGGGGCUGCCGAAGGACUUCAAGCCGUGA